AAGUUGUUAUUUUGUUAUUUUUAAUUUUGCUUAGCAAUUUUGUGAAUAAUAAUUAAUAUAGUAAUAACUGAUAGGAGUUAAUAAUGUCUGCAGACUACGCGCACUUGUGCUCCGCGAUACUGGAGCAGUGUUUUGGCAAAGUUGUGCAAUCGGUGGCCGAUUGUUUAUUCUCAGCAACCACGCGCACAUUGUCACAAAUUGUGAGCAGCACGAAUUUUCCGCGAAAGGAAGUUGGACUCGCUUUGGCGGUGUUAAUUAAAUUCCGGCUGGUUAACUUUGAGCCAUCCAAGAGCAAUUCAUAUCUUCCCGAAUAUUCGCUAAGAAGGGAAGAUGUCAUCUGUCUGCUGCGUUAUUCACGCUAUAUACACCUGGUGCAGACCAAGUAUGGCAAUAUGGGUGCAUCCAUUGCCGAGGAGCUUUUAAAUUCUGGUUCGGAAUCAGCGACAGCUGUGCUCCUAAAAUGUCUUAAUGACAACGAAAACAAAGGCGAAAGUGCCGAAAUCUAUCGGGAUACAUUUAUUAAAAUGAUUGCGGAUCAUUAUAUUAUAAAGACGCCGGAGCUGAUAACUGGCGAGGAGCAGGAUGAGUUGGUGCCCAAGUUCCUGAGGAACGAAUGUGACUACUUUGUGCCGCCCAACAUUGAUCUGCAGCUGUUGGCCAAGAUACGCAGCGGGGAAUCCCCAUUGUCGAGUGCUCCCGAUGCAGCCAUGAUCUGGAACCUUAACUAUGAUCGAUUCCAUCAGGAAUUCCGGGAUGAUCUCAUGACGCUGGCCAUUGAGCGCAAACUGGGCGAUAAUGCCGCCGAAUGCUUUCGUUUUAUAUUAAACUUAAUGUACAAUACAACAGAUCCUUGGCAACGGAAAGCCUCCAAUCACGUUACCUUUGUUGAGAUAAAACAGGCAAUUGAGCGGAAAUCAAAUAAUCUGGAUUUAAUGAAGCAUCUGGAUCAAUAUAUCAGUUUAAUAACGGAUGAUUCCCUGGGUUUUCUGCGCAAAGUGGGCGACAUGGGAGGUGGUCAGUAUGUGGUGGACUUGGAGCGUUCAUUUGAAUCCUUGGCCUUCGCCUGUGUAGAGUCUGUUAUCACUGAACGCUUUGGAUCGAAGUCAACGCGUAUUUUUCGUGUAAUACGCUUUAAGAAGUACAUCGAGCAGGAGGAUCUGCAAAAGGAGGCAAUGAUACCGGCAAAGGAGGCCAAAUCUCUGGCCUACAAUCUGUUCCAAGAACAGUUUAUACAUGUGAAAUGUAUUAAGAAACCUGGAGGAGGAGGAAGUGGACCGGCCAAGGCAUUUUAUCUAUUCCAAAUCAAGGAAAAGGAUACUGUGAGAAUGUUGCUGGACAUUUGCUUCAAGGCGCUUUACAAUAUCAUAAGGCGCUCGAACUUUGAGAAAAGUGAGCAUAAGGGACUCAUUGAGAAAUCCCAAAGACUCGACAGCAUUGUUAUAGCUAUGAAAGAGCGUGGAGAAUCGGAAGACUAUAUCGCGGAGAUUGCGGAAACAUUUACGCCUCCCGAAUGUGAAAUUCUCAAUAAGGUCAAACAUCGCAUUAAAACAUUAUCAAAGGCUGAACUCACCUUAGACGACACGAUAUUUCUGUUGCAAAUGUAUCAACACCAUUGCACGACUCUGCCAACGGGCAUACAAAAGUUUAAAUAAAAGUUGUUAUUCCAAAUCAAUGGAACUUAAUUUUGAUCAAUUUACAAAAAUAAUCAUAUUUUUCAAAUUUCUAUAAUUUUAAAGCUAGAAUUGUACAAUUUUUUCCUCCCCACGGAGGCACAACAAACUCCCAGCAUUCAUACACAAAUUGAUCUUUAUUUUAUUAAAUUUCGAAUUCAAAAAUUAUUGCUAAUUAACAAAUAAGAUUCGAUUGUAUUUUUUUAGUGCGGACACAAUUAGUACACAUUUUGUACAAAGAA